AUGAUUUCCAGACAAUAUAGAGUCCUUAAAAGGGUACCUAUUCAAACGGCGAAGAGGUUUUUGGCUACUGAAAAAGCAAAGUUGCCACAUGGAACGGCUCAGCUAAGUGAAGAAGAAAAGAAAAAAGCAGCUGCAGCUCUAGCUAUGCAGUCAAUAAAAGACAUUGGACGUCUUCUUUCGUCGUCCCCCGAUUCUGACUACGAGACUCAGCCGAUAGAUACUAAGCCGAUAUUUGAAGACCCUAAAUUAUUUCCUACCUUAAGCUUGCUUCACCAGGGCCAAGUGUUGAAGGAAUUGCAGGAAAAAUAUGACAAGAAAUGGACCAAAUUAACCGAUGAGGACAAACAUUUAGGUUACUAUAUAGCAUAUGGAAAUUGGGGUAGUAGAGAAAAGUUUGACAAUUGGAAAUCAAUUUCUGACGCUCCGCUUGACCUACCAUUCCAUACACCUUCUAAACCAAGAGAUGCGAGCCCUGUAGCAACGACCAAGAUCAACAAGUUGUCACCACCAGUCGUAUUGUCUGAAACUCCAAUUAGAAAACCCCAAUUUAACAUAAAAAAGAUGGAUGGCGCAACAAAAUUCUUUGUAUACUUGAUAGUGCUCGUUGCCAUGUUAGCUCUGUAUAGAGACCAACACAUAGGAGAGGAGGGUCGCCCAGUAGAACCAAUAAUUGUAGACCCAUACGAAGAAAAGCGUCUUGAAGAAGAAAAUAGAAAGAAACAAGAAGAAGAAAGGCUUAGGUUGGAAGAAGAGAAGAGGAAGCAGAGAAAAUGGUACUUCCUUUGGAUCAGGUAA